CUUACCUGCAACAAACAACAAAAACACACAGAGGAGCUAGAGAGAAACAAGGGACUUUAGAUCAUAACAAGAAGAUAAAAAAAAUCUCUUCAGAUUCUCAAAUUCACCGGUACAGAAAUUCAAAGCAGUGCAACUAAGAUGAAACCCAAUCAAGAUGGAACUUCCUCUUCUUCUUCUAAACAAAAAUCUGUUGCCACCAUCACAAAAUCCGAGACAAGUGAGAUACCAAAAUCAAGCUCAUCUAAAAUUACAUCCACUACUACAACUACUGUGAAGGUGAAACCAAGGAAAGUUUAUAGUUUGCCUGGUCAAAAACAUGAUCCACCAGAAGAGAGAGAACCUUUACGGAUAUUUUACGGGUCGUUAUUCGAACAGAUACCUUCAAGCAACAUGGCAGAGUUUUGGAUGAUGGAGCAUGGACUAUUAUCCCCUGAGCGAGCCAAGCGGGCAUAUGAGAAAAAGCAAAAACUUAAGCAACAACAGAAAACGGGAACUCCCAUCAAAUCUCAGCAGGCGCCUUCAGAUAGAGCAGAAAGCUCAUCACAGCGACAACAAGGCAAGAAAAGAAUUGCCAGCGGAAGUGAUGACGAUGAGGAAUUCACAGGGAAGAAGAAGAAAGGAAAAGGUUAAUAAUAACUGCACGAAACCUUUUUUCCUCCAAUAAUCAGGUUAACAAAACAAAGUUGGCUUAAGUGUAGCUGAUCAAAUGUCGAAGGCAAGUAUACUUGGAUAGGCCUAACCAAUAAAGGGAACACAUUAGAAUGUGAUAGGCAUAGGUUAUUACAUUCUUUGUAUUUCCUCAUGUUCAGUCUAAGAAGUUCUGUGUUCUUACUUAUGUCCUUUGAUCUAUACGCAAAAAUGGAUUGAAGACUUGAAUUUGAACUUGAUA